AUGGAUUUCACGAUUGAGAGUAGUCAUGAUUUGGUCGUAUCUUCGCUCAACGAGCUCAGCAUAGCGGUCAAGACUACGACAUAUCUUGAUAAGUAUCCUGCAAAGGAGCAUGCCCAACGAGUCGCCCAGGUUCUAAACGUCGACCACGGUCUGAUUUACCUUCCUGGUACCCAAACAGUCAAUUGGCCGGAUAGUGAUCAACCUCGCGCUUUUAGACAGCUGAGGUAUUUCCUGUACCUAAGCGGAUGUCAAGAACCGGAUUGCUUCCUUACGUACGACAUUGCUGCUGAGGAACUCAUCCUGUGGCUGGCUCCUAUCGAUCCCCGUAAGGUUGUCUGGACUGGUAGGGGAUCAACCGUUCAAGAAGCACUCGACAAGUACGAUAUUGACCAAGCUCGUUUCGCACUAUCGCUUGAGCACUACCUCGAGCGAUGGGCUUCCAAUAAUACAGGCCACAUCUAUCUUUUACACCCCGAUAGAGCCCUUUCAGAGAGCUUCCCUUCCCGAACAAGUUCUAAGCAUCUCCGAUCCGCGAUGGACGAAUGCCGAGUUAUUAAGGAUUCGCACGAAAUUGCGCUUGUGAGAAGGGCCAAUCGAAUCAGCGCAUUAGCCCAUGAAGAGGUGCUGCGAAAGCUGAGGUCGUUCAAGAACGAAGCGCAGGUGGAAGCUGAGAUCUUGGACGUCUGCGUGGCCCACGGUGCCAAACACCAAGCUUACGAGAUCAUUGCCGGAUCUGGGCCGAAUGCUGCGGUCCUACAUUAUAUCAAGAAUGAUGAAUACUUUGGAGACCGUCAGUUGAUGUGUUUAGAUGCUGGUGCAGAAUGGGAUGGAUAUGCUGCAGAUGUCACGCGGACAUUCCCACUUUCCGGCAACUGGCCGUCUCGCGAGGCGAAACAGAUCUACGAUCUAGUGCAACGUAUGCAGACUGAUUGCAUGAACAUGCUAGGACCAGGCAAGCGAUUUGUGGAUGCCCAAUAUCUCGCGCACCUUGUGGCAAUUGAAGGCCUACUCGAGCUCGGGAUCUUCCACAAUGGCUCAAAGAUGGACAUCUAUCAGGCUGGUACAUCUGUUGCUUUCUUUCCACACGGCCUUGGUCAUCACAUGGGCUUGGAAGUUCACGACGUGGCGACAGUGCUAACGAAAAGGGUUGCUACUGCGACAGAUGAGAAAGUCACAUCCGAGAUCAACCAACAUCUGCCCAGUGUGAAGAACAGAGGACAACUAGAAUCGCUGUCGGCAAACAUCGUUCCUGCAAUAUGGACGAGUGCGCUCAGCGAACUAAGCGCACCUGAUCUGCAGCCUGGAAUGGUUAUAACUUGCGAACCCGGAAUCUACUUCAAUCGUGAAGCGCUAGAGACGGUCUUUCUUCCCUCUCCAAUCCAUUCCAAGUUUAUCAACACGGCAGUUCUGGAGCGAUUCAUGCCGGUAGGCGGAGUACGUAUCGAGGACGAUUUGCUGAUCACCAAGGACGGAUGGGAAAACUUGACGACAGCGGCCAAAGGAGAGGCAGCGCUAAAGAUAAUUCGAGGCGAGUAG